AUGGCCCUGGAAAGGAAUAUCAGCAUGAUGACCAGUUUCAUCCUUUUGGGAUUUUCAGAGCAUCCAGAGCGGCAGGUUACCCUCUUUGUACUGUUUCUGGGGAUCUACUUCAUGACUCUGGCUUGGAACCUGGGCCUUAUUGCCUUGAUUGCCAUGGAGUCACACCUCCACUUCCCCAUGUAUUUCUUCCUUUGUAUGUCCUUCACUGAUAUUCCAUACACCUCCUCUAUAGCCCUUAAGAUGCUCUGUGACUUCUUCAAGGAGCAGAAGACCAUCUCCUUUGUGGGCUGUGAUGCUCAAUUUUUCUUCUUCAUUGGCAUGGUAAGCACAGAGUGCUGUCUCCUGGCAGCCAUGGCAUAUGACUGGUAUGCUGCCAUCUCCAACCCUCUGCUCUACACAGCUUUCAUGACACCCACCAUAUUGGGGAUGGCCAUUACAGUGCACGCUGGAGGAUUCCUCCCUGGAUUGGUCCAGACCAGCUCUAUAUUCUGGCUCCAUUUCUGUGGGCCACGAAUCAUUAACCAAUUUUUCUGUGACCUGCCACCGCUGCUGGUCUUGCCUUGUUCUAGUACCUUCCUCAGCCAGGUAGUGAACUUUCUUGUUGUGUGUACAGUUGGUGGGACUUCAGCUCUUGUUGUCCUGGUUUCCUAUGGCUACAUCAUUGCUGCUGUCAUGAAGAUCCAUUCAACCCAAGGGCCAACAAAGGCUUUCAACACCUGUUCCUUUCACCUGACCACAGUGAUUCUCUUCUAUGGCUCUGGUCUCUUCUCAUAUCUCCAUUCUAGUGCUGGUUACUCAUUAGACCAAGAUAAGGUGGUGUCCAUGCUCUAUGGAGCUGUGAUUCCCAUGCUGAGCCCCAUCAUAUAUAGUCUGAGAAACAAGGAGAUCAAAGAUGCACUGAAAAAGCUCAAGGAGAGAAAGAAGCAGAUGUCCUCUCUGUGU